AUGUACGGCGUCACCGGUGGUGCCAGGAUGCCGACGCUCAGUGGUAAGUGGGCCGCCGGUUGGGAGGCUGUCGGUCGAGAUUCAGUCGACAUGCUGGGCCUGUCGCGCGAGGUCUUCAUGAAACGAUGCAUCCUCGAGCAGCUCAACAACGUCAAUGGGAAUGCGAUGACGACGACCGUCGCGAAGAACGUCGAUGUCGUCGACGAUAUUUGGGAGGUCGACCUCACGACAUGGUACCUGUACCCGACGCGGAGAGCCGUUCAGUGCCGCUGUGACCAAGAGUGCCGGCAAUACACGGCGGGAUCGCAUCGGUUUGAGGGCUGGCAGAGCCGCGGUGGGCUGGUCAAAGCGAAGCUUCGUCAAGUCGAGCACAGCGCGGAGCUCUCGUACAGGUCUCUAAAACGCAGCGUUAUGAUUAGGUGUAAGUAG